CAAGGUCUCUAGCCAUGUCGAGCGCUGGCACGCUGUGCAAGGAGCUCACGGCUCGCCUCGCCUCGAUCGAGUCCACGAGCGCGCUGGUCGCGGACUUGCAUCUUCUCAGCUCCUCCGACGCCGCCUUCCUCCAGCCCUCCACCGCGGCGUCGCCCGCGUUUGCCGCAGCCUGGCCCGAGGAGCAACAGCUCGACGAGGAGGGCAUGUCCGAGCCGUUCCUCGCGCUGGCCGCGGCGGCGCUGGAGGCUGACGCGCGCGUGCAGAAGCGCUGCGGCCGGCUCGUCCCAAAGAAGCUCAGCGAGGCCACCUUUUGGCGCAACUACUCGUCGGCGCUGCACGCGGUGCUCUUUCCGCAGGAGCCAGCGGUGCCGGCGGCGGGCGCCGGCGGCGACGCGGCGGCCGCGGCGGAGAGUGCCGCGGACGCGGCGGCGGAGGCCAUGACAAAGCUCCGGCUCUCCCCCUCGGGCGAGGGUGGCGAGGGUGGCGCGGCGGCGCUGCCGGCGCCGUCCUUUGCCCGCGCCGCCGGCGACCUGCAGUCGUCUGGCUCCCUUUCGCGCGAGAAGGUGCUGCGGUUCGCCACGGGGAUCGCGGCGGUGCUGAUGAGCGACGGCACCAUCGACUACCUCGCCUCCCUCCCCCCCGAGGCGAUGCCCGCCCGCUGCAUCGCGCUGCAGCGGGAGUACCUCGAGCACUGCGGCAUCGAGCAGGAGCACGGCUGCAAGCAGCUCUCGCAGGUCCCGCAGCGGUUUGGCGGCGACCGCGAAGUGCUCGCAGCCUUCCAGGAGUUUGUCAAGGCGUGCCAAAACUCGGCGCAGGCCGCGUUCCUUCGCCGCGCGUCAGCGCCAUCGGCGGACCAGGGCGCUCGCUUCCCGCCCGCCGGCGGCGAGCUGCUCUCGUCUGGCCCGCUGUCCCGCGAGCUCCUCCUGCGCUUCCUUGCCGGAGUCUCGUCCGCCCUCCUCUCGGGCGACGCCGUCGCCGACCUCGCCUCGCUGCCGCCCGAGGCGAUGCCGGCGCGUUGCGUCGCGCUGCAGCGGCAGUACCUCGAGCACUGCGGCAUCGAGCAGGAGCACGGAUGCGCAGAGCUUGCGAAAGUGCCGCAGCAGUUUGGAGGCGACAGCGAGGUGCUCGGCGCCUUCCGCGGCUUUCAGCAGGCGUGCCGCGGCGCUGUUCAGUCGGCGAUCAUGACGCGCGCCCGCGGUGGCGGAGGCAUGGGCGGCGGCGGCGGCGGCGGCGGCGGUCUGCGCUUCAGGGAAGGCGCACGUGUGGAGUGCCUGAUCGGCCACGAGUGGCGGGAUGGCGUCGUCGUGGCAACAAACUUCACGCCGCCCGCAGAGAGCGGCGCGCCGGAGGGCUGGGUGGCGCCGUACCAGGUGAAGCUCGCGACGGGCGAGCUUGUGCUGGCGCCGUUUGACGAGGAGGCGAUCAUCCGCGAGCACGGCGCCGCGAGCCGCGUCGACCCGUCCCUUCCGCCGCCGCGCUACGCCGUCGGCACCAAGGUGGCGUGCCGGAUGCGGCCGGGCGACCCGGGCGAGUGGGCGGACGGCACUGUCGUGGGGCAUCACUACCGCCCUCCUGGCGUGCCGAGGCACGCUCUCGUAGCGCCGUACCAGAUCAAGCUCGAGUCGGGCGAGCUCAUCUUUGCGCCCGCGGAUAACGACGACACCAUCCGCAAGCGGUGAGCCGCGCGGCCAAUCGCGCGGCGGCGGUGAUGGCCUCCGGCGGCGUGAGAGCGCGCGCGUGAGCGUGUGCUGGGUGACACGGAGAGGAGAGGCGGCGUGAGGCGGCGUGCGCUGGAGCGAGCGGCAGCGGGCGAGAGGGGGGGCUAGGACUCGGGGCGGGGGCGACCGUGGGCGAGAAACGGCUGGCUGGGCCGUGGCUCCGCCCGCGUCUCUCGCGUAGUUUUGGGUCUGUGCUGUAUGGGGUGGGCCCCGGAGUGGGAGAUUUUAUCGCGCUUUAGUCGAGGUUCAUCUCUAAACGC